AUGAACUGCAAGGCAAUCAAGAAGGGAGCUCGUAUGACCACGGAGGAUGUGCUCCUUGAGGCUUUCCCAUAUUCACUUAUGGAGAGAGCUAGAGAUUGGCUCUACACUCUUGAGCCCAAUUCCAUCUCUACAUGGGACGAGAUGGAGGAGCAGUUCCUUAUGCAAUACUAUUCCCCCACCAAGACUCAACAUGCGAGAAACCGCAUUAAUGCUUUUGUGCAAGAGGAUGGGGAGAAUCUUCAUGAUGCGUGGGAACGCUUUAAGGAAUAUCAAAGGAUGUGUCCUCACCAUGGGAUGGAACGAGACUAUCUUUUAUCUAUUUUCAUCCAUGGGCUGAAGGACGACACCCGGAGAAGCUCAGUGAAAGGUGAUGUAGGAGAGAGCAUCGCCCUCAAGGCCGUGUUAUCGGACCUUGCAGAGAUUAAGGUGCAAUUGGCCAACGCCAAACAAGUGGCUGUGCGGAACAACCAAGGGCCUCCGGGAUUUCAACCGAAAUAUCAACAACAAGGUCAGGGGAACCAAGGCUACCAAGGGAAUUCCAACUACAGGCCGCAGCAAGCGCAACCCAAGGAACAAGACCCGGAAAUCAAGGAUAUGCUGAUGCAAAUCCUCCAAGGUCAAAAAUCGCAAGGGGUGUCCACCGGGAGCAUUGAGAACGAGCAAGUUGCGUUCAAGAAGCAAUUGGAAGGAGUGCAAGCUCACCUAAAAAUCUUGGACAAUCAAGUGGCGCAACUUGCCUCAUCCUCCUCAACACGACAGCAAGGUAUGCUCCCCGGGAAAAAUGAGAUGAACCCUAGGGAACAUAUAAAUGCAGUGGACAUAAGGAGUGGGAAACAACUUCCGGAGACCGCCCCCCCCCAUGGUUGA